AUGGAGCAAGGUACCCGAGAGCCAUGUUAUACUUGUCGUCGUCGCCGCAUUCAAUGCGACAGAUCCCAAAUGCCUUGUGCCAAAUGUGUCAAGGCCGGAAUAGAGUGCUUCGACACUAGACCACUAAGAUGGGUCAAAGGGAUUGCCAUUCGGGGUAAGAUGCAAGGGCACUCAUACGAUGGCCAUUCAGCUGCUUCGCCCGUGGCCACUAUCAUACACACGUCAACCAAAUCGGAGCAAUCUCUCGUCAAAUCCUCUACCAGAAACCUUCAGCCGACAGUCAUCAACUUUCCAUUUAUGGUGCAACAUCCAUCGUUCUCAACAAUGAACAGAAUCUCUAAAUAUUACCUGGACUAUUGUGGGUCCUCUCUUACGGAGUUCUUCCAAAAGCGAGAACGCGCUGACGAACGACAUCCAGAUAAUGAGCGCAUAUGCAAACUCUUCAUUGUGUACGACAGUGAAAGAAAUCCUUUCAGAAAUCUCAUCCCGCUUGGAUUCGAGGAUCCAGUUCUACUGAAGGCUAUUCUUACUCUAGCCGCACGCCAUCAUGCCAACAGUGGUCAGCCUUUCCACCAACUUGAAGGCACCGCGUCACCUGAGUUCAUCAAAAUCAAUCACGAUGCACUUCUCUUCAAACACGAGGCCGUGAAAGCACUCUCAAGUGCUCUAGCUGAUACAUCAUCAGCCAAGCGUGACUCUAUAGUGGCCAGUAUUUUCCUAUUGAUAUUUCUGGAUCUCCUCGAAUCUGGCAGUAGUGGUUGGAAUUUCCACCUUGAGGGUGCCAAGCGUUUGAUCGCCUAUACAGAGCCUCCCGAAAGUCAAAACGGGAUAAAUGGUGGGCUUGGACAAACCGUGCAGGAGAUACGAACAUUCAUGAUGAAGCAAAUACACUUAAUUGAAAUCCUUGGGGCGACAUUUCUUCGACCAAAACUAUUAUCCCAGCCCACGCCUUAUAACCAAUCUGACGCUGAGCCACCGGAAGCCAUCGAACAGUCCUUUUUGGGGUGCCCAGGAUAUCUUUUAUCGGCUAUACAGCGUCUCUCUGCGCGAAGAGACAGCAUCGCUGGCCCCGAGCCUCUUGAUGAUAUCGCUAUUCAGUCUCAUGUACGAGAGACUACUGCUGUGAUACAUCAAAUUCAAGCCUUUGAUUGCUACAUUUGGGCCUGCAGUCUCAAGCAACCGCAACCUCAAUCUUCCUCUAGGCAAGAGAUCGGCAAUCUUUGCAAACUGUCACAGACCUACAAGACUGGAGCUCUGAUCUACGGAGGACGUAUCCUAGACGCUUUGAGUCAGGAUACCACUCCACCUUCGGGACAGGAUGGCUUGGUUUCCGAAUCCCUCGGACUGAUCGAUGCCCUAAGAGAAGACCAAGAUUUGUUCAAGUGCAUACUUUGGCCGAUCUUUGUGACCGGUCUAGAAUGCCGAUGGCAGGCUGAACGAGAAUUUCUCACUGGCUGCUUAGACAAAUUCUGGAUAGCGACGAAGUGUUUGAAUGUGAUUAAUGCGGCUGAAAUCUUGCAGGAAUAUUGGCAGCAAGAAGACAGCAAACCCCCCGGGGAGAACUCGUCACGUUGGAUUUUCAAUAUUGGUCGUGCGGGCCAGGACUGGCUCCUGAUAUAG